UCGUGGGUGGUACUGGUUUUGUGCCAGUGAGGUUGUAGUAAACUAAUCGUAUAAAAGUAAAAGGUUGAGUCAACUUUACUUUACUUGCAUCCAAUCAGCACUUCUGCAUAAUAUUAGCAUUGUUAAGGCUGCAAUUGUCAUUCAAAACUGCAACAACCGAUUAAUGUUUCACCCUCUGUUGCAGGCGGAACGAUCUAGGUAGGCUAGCAUCAAUUGAGUCUGAAAGUACACACCAUCUAUGUGUGCUGUAAAGUUUUUGUUGGCAAUGGAAUGGCGUCUCCUAAACCGGGGAAAAAGCAUGUGAAGAGACAUUGUCGUCGUUAUCACUAUCAUCAUCAUCAUCAUCAUGCUUCAUUUCUCGAAUCCACACAGCAUCAAAUCCUGGAACGUGUACAGAAGGAUAGAGUAAUCAUCACACAGCCUGAAGAGGACAAAAGAAGACGAACCAUUAUUGUUGAGAGAAAACAAGGGUCUUUUGGUUUUACACUUCAGACGUAUGGAAUUCAUCAUAGAAGAGAUUCCGAAGUAGAAUUAAUUACUUAUGUAGAUUACGUAGAGUAUGAAGGGCCUGCUUUUAGGGCAGGAAUGAGGCCAGGAGAUGUAAUCCUCUCUAUUAAUGGACAUGACAUGGAAAAAGUUGACCACAGAACACUCGUUCAUUACAUCCAGAACUGUGAGAAAACAAUGCGCAUGGUUGUAUUAUUUGAAGAUUGUGUCCACAAGGUGGAGCUGCACAUGAAAUACUUCAGAUUAAAGCAAGUUCUACAAGAAAAAAUUUGUGAAUUGGAACAACUUUAUGAUAAAGAACACCAGCUUGUGCAGACAUGGGCAGCACGAGGAGCCAAGAUCCCACCCAGUCCGCUGCUUCCUCCACAGCUUCGUCAAAUGAUACCACCCAGUCCAUGUAGCCUCCGCAGCCAGAAUAGUUCUACAAUCUCAGUAUGUACUGAGAGUGACUGUAGUAGUCACAUCAGUUCCUUAGACAUUUCUUGGGAUAGCCCAAAUAUAAUGACCUCUUCUUUCUUCUCGGAGCCAAACUACAACCCACACACAGAUCCCCAGACUUCCUCUCUAGUCAGUGGUACUCAGUUUGCAACGUUGCCUAAAGCUGCAACAGGUGUAAAAUCCACUAACUAUCAAAGCAUGCCUGUUACUGCUUUGACCACUCCUCAAGGGUCUUGGGAAUGUUUGGAGUCACAGACAAGCACAGGAUUGUCAGAAAGCACAGAUUUGUCAGGUUCCUCUAGUCCUAAUUCUCCAUUUGAAGUGACUUCUUCAUUUGUGGAACACCAAGAACCAAAGAAGAACAUCAUUUCUAAUCCAGAUGACAAAGGUAUAGAUUCUGGACAAGAACAUUAUAUGGAUGAAGUAACAAGGUUAUAAAUUUGAUCUGCGAGAUAAAUUUUGAGUCUAUUGUUAUUUCUGUGCUAUGUAACAUAGAAUUAUCGAAACUUAAUAAUUUCUGAAAAUUUAAUAUAUUCAGUUAUCAUGAUACAUUAUGCAUAACUAAUUAUAUAUGUCUGUGACGAACUAAAAACUUAUUUAAUAGAAGUUGUUUAGUACUUAGAACAAAAUAUUAUGUUGCUCAAGUUUUUCAGAUUUAUUUUUGAUCUGGAGUUAUACCUCAUUGUUUUAAUGGUAAAGUUUGUUUUCAUGAUUCACGAUUUUUAUUAUUAUUGUACAUCAAGGAAUUAAGGUAGUGGAUGGUUAAUCAGUGUUCAGAUAUGUGAUCCAAAUCUCUUGCCAAUUUAAGCUGUUGUUUAGGUACACAGUUUUGGCGUGUUUCAGACAAGUAUUACUAGUUAAAUUAACUUAGAAAAACAAAUAAUCUUAUGUGUACUUGUUGAACUUGGAUUUAUGGUUUAAAAUGUUGCUGUACAAGUUUGUUUCAAUCGCUACUCUUGAAAACUGACUUACGGAUCGCUUGUAUCAACUCGGAUUGAAACUUUAACCGUUUGUUUUGUUGAUUUUCUAGUAUUAUUUGAGGGAAGUGUGUAUUUUUUUUUUUCACUCCAUUAUUGGUUCUGAAAACUAAAUGAGAAAUUUGUAACAAAAGGAAUUUGAAUAACUUAAUAUAUCCAAAUUUUGUAAGAUAGUAUCUAAAAGUAAUAUUUUGAGGUUUUCAAUGUAUUUUCAUCUUGAGGUUAAUUCAUUGGUGUGGAUCAAUUUUUCAUCUGUUUGUGGAGAUGAAUAGAGCAACUUCAUGUUUAAAAGUUAUUCACAAACACCCUUGAAGAUGCUGUUCUAAUUAACAAAAAUAAUUCUGUUCAAUAAGGUUAAUGAACAGUAUUUACUGACAUGUUACAUUAAUAGCGAAUUUCAACAUUUUGGUUGCUUCAGUCACCUUUCAACAAGUCUUUCAGGUAAUUUAACCAAUCAAACAUUUAAAAAAUGUUUUAUGGCUUACCACUGAGUUUGUCCUUUAAGCACUAAAAUUUUGUAUAUAUUUUUUAUACAUAGAGUUCACAUUGUGCAGGAAGACCUGCCAUGUUUAAUCUUAUUCAGAUUUUGUUAAGAAGUUAUAUUUUCCUUUGAGAGUUAUGUACUAAAUCCAGGUGCUUUGUAGUCAAAUACAUUUUGAAUUUGUAUUCAAACUUAUUUGUGAAGUGUAACUAAAGUUACUCUCUGUUUUUGGUUCUUUGGACAUUCCUAACUUUUUUUUGUAAAUACAAGUUAAUUAAAUCUGUUUAAAUAAUAUAGACCAUGGUAGAGAAUGGAGCUGUGGCCUAGCUGAAAUAGUAUACAAACAUUGAUGUAUUUGUUUGUGCAUAUGCGUAUUGGUUUGUCUCAUUGCAUCACACGUCUGGUUAAUUGGAAGACAUUUUAAUGUUUUAUAAGAUAGAAUUAGUUAUGUAAAAUUCUUAUUGCAGCUUAAUUACUGAAACAUUUUUUUUUUUUUUUUUUUGCCACAUUGUUUAUGUAUCUAAAUGUUUCCAAGUGUGGUACACACUAACACGAUCUAACUUCAAUGGGAAUGAACCAACAUGUGAUAACCAUACGGAAUUGUGGAAUAAUAAGUACCGGCUUCUCUGGAUGAACAGUUUCUAUUAAAGAAUUGUAUUAAAUUUUGAGCUGAGAAAUUAGGCUUAUCGCAUACCUGGUGAAUGAAGCCUAAUCUUGUAAGCUACAAUAAUCAGAUUUUUAUCUGGAAUGUAUGCAUUAUUCACACCUUUAGGCCCCCUGGUGUUUCAUUAUAUAUAUAUAUAUAUAUAACAUUAUUUACCAAAGACUUUUGUACUAGGAAUAUACACAUAUGUUAACAGUAUCUAAUCAAAGAUAAUUGGCUGAACUUUGAUCUGUAUGUUCUUAUACAAGUAUUUUCAGCCACCUAGUGUGAACAACUCUAAUAUAAGAGAUUACUCUAUCCGUGAUUGUAAUAUAAUAGUAUAUUCAUCAGCUUUAAACCUUAUCAAAAUGCAGAAGUGAGAGAAGUCUACUAUAAAAGAAACAUAAUUUAACUUAUUGAUUAAUUACAUUUUUUGUUUUCUCAUUAUGACUUAGAUUUUCUAUAUGUCCCUUUGGCACAUUACUAUGUCUUUCUCAUUUAAUUUUUAUAGAUUAUAAAAGAGUUUAUACCUUUCUUGCAAAGAUUCACAAGAAAUAUUUAUAAGUUCGGUUAAAGAAAACGAUUUUCAGAAGCCGUGAUCGUGAUAUGAUUAAUAAGCUAUUAGUAAUCCUUAGAAGAGAUGUAAACUUAGUCCAAUAAAAUAGUAAAAAAUUAGGCUUAUGAGAUUUAUAUGUAUUUUUUUUCAGUAAUAUUUGGCAGUUCUUGUUUAAUGUUUUAACAUUUUAUAUCUUUCUGUUAUGUAAACUGUUGAAAUAGAGCUCAACUUUUCUACUGCAGGACAAGGAUGGAAAAAAUAUGUAAAAGUGAUAUCUGUACAAAACAAAAUGUAAAUUUAUUACAAAUGGCCGAAGUAUUUAGUUAUUCAGAGACAGCCGGUUUUUGGUAACUUUCUAACUCCUUUAAAAUGUGUGAAAUGUUUUUUGUUUUUUUUAAUUUCCUGAAUAUUUUACGAAUGGACUACAAAGUUUAUGUUAUGUUGAUCAUUUUAAAUAAUUUUUAUUUCCCUUUUUAUUUGGUGUUACAGAGUUCAAGUUACUAUAUAAUUAUAUAUUUCUGUGUGUUAUGUAUAAGGUUACAAAAUAUGAAUUUAUGGUUUUUAUUAUAUUUAAUUGUGGUGUACCUUCCAAUUACAAUUUGUAUAUGUGAAAUAUUUACUAUCAUAUUUUUAAAAUUUUUUUCCCCACCUUGGAAGAGUACUUGAUUUACUUAAGAGUAGUGGUUUGAUUAUAGUGUUACCUUUUUAAUUUCCCAUAGAUCUGACAUUGUAUUAUUUCCUACUUUCGAGAUGUAAUAUAUAAUUAUAAACUUUAUUUUUUGGGGGACAAAGUACUGCUUCUUAACUAGCUAGAUGGGGGUGUGAAACAACAGUGAUUUGAAUUUAUAACCAUUGCUUCAAAAAAUGUUCACAAAGUGAGAUGCCUGUGUGUAUUAACUUAACAAUCCUUACAUAGCAUUUGUAACACAAUUUAACUAAUUAGGGAUGUGCUAGGUGUCCUAAGUUCUUUUAAGCAUUUGUGACACAAUUUAAUUUGUAAGACAAUUUAACUAAUUAAGAGGCACUAAGUAUCUUAAAUGCCUGCACAGUAUAUGACACAAUUUAAAUAAUUAGGAAGCACUAAGUAUCCUAAAUCCUUGCACAGCAUUUGUGACACAAUUUAACUAAUUAGGAGGCACUAAGUAUCCUAAAUCCUUGCACAGCAUUUGUGACACAAUUUAACUAAUUAGGAGGCACUAAGUAUCCUAAAUCCUUGCACAGCAUUUGUGACACAAUUUAACUAAUUAGGAGGCACUAAGUAUCCUAAAUGUUUGGAUUGACAUGAAAAUAAUGCCAUUAAUUAACCAGUAAGGCAGUGUUUAAUAACUACAUAUUUAGCUUUGUUUUUAUUACAGUUUUAACCAAAUAAAGUAUGCUUAAAUAAAAGCCUUAAAAAAUCCUCAUUUUGAAAUAUCUAUGCUUCAUUGAGUAGAAAUGUAAGGGACCUUUUCAAAGAAGCAGUUAUCUUAUAACAGUAUAUCACAGUCACAAAAUGUUUUAUUUUCAUUUUAAACCAUCUCGGGAAUUUAACAAACACAAUGCAGUAGUCACUCAAAUUACGUGUUAUCUCAAAAAAGCUUUUUUGGCGGGAUACAUAAAAAAAAUAAAAAAUACUACCAUCAGGUAGAAACUACUUAAAGAUCUUAAAAUUUUUUCUUUUAUGCAUAAUUUUCCUCAUUUCUUGCAGUCAAAUAUAAAUGAUACAAUAAAUUAUUUUAUUAGUAUUACAUUGAAGGUUUGGAAUGGUGGUUAAAGCUAGGCUCUUAAUAUUUCAAGAUGUGAAAACUCGGAACACGCACUUAUUUUACUACUUAAGACUUUAGAAGAGCAAUGUUUCAGGCUAGCGUAACUUGGGAAUAAACAAUUGAUGCAUUAUAGAUACUUGUGAAGAACGCUACUUAUUUAGUUGAAUAUAAAACAGACUAAUAUUAAAAGGCUAAAAAUCCAAGUGGCUUGUGUAAAUUAAUAAUUGAAACACUCGAAUAAUGAACGUUUUUAAGUAUACAACUUAAAAACUUUUAUUCUGAGACUGUCAACAGUCUCAAUAGUUUUUAAAUUGUGUUUUAAUUAUGAACAGAUACUGUAAAACGUGUCUGGAUUAACUACUGGUAUUUUCCAUCAUUGCAAAGACUAGGAACAUACUUAAUGUCUUGUAUCUCGCAAUAUUACACAGACUAGUAAUGCUAGGGGAGAUGGCAGUCAUGUUGAGAUACAUUACAUUCUUCUUUAAAAUGUGAGGGGGAUGAUAGCCAUGUUCAAAUACAUUACAUUCUACUUUAAAAUGUGAGGGGGAUGAUAGGCAUGUUCAAAUACAUUACAUUCUACUUUAAAAUGUGAGGGGGAUGACAGGCAUGUUCAAAUACAUUACAUUCUACUUUAAAAUGUGAGGGGGGAUGACAGGCAUGUUCCAAAGCAUUACCUUCUUCUUUGUAAUGCUUGGAAAAUGAUGGGCAUGUUCAAAUACAUCACCUUCUAUCUUGCAAUACUAGGGGGACAACAAGCAUGUGGAAAGACUGUUACAUGUAUUUUGCCACACCAUGGAAACUCCGAGCAUGCUAAAGCAUCUUAAAGAUAUUACUGAAAUAUUUCAAUGCCUUUGUUGUAUCCUGCAUCAAUACAUGGACUGUAAGCAUGUUUCUAUGCUUUUAUUUGUAUUAUGCAAAUAUUAUGGAGAAUACAAACAUGUUUGAUCACCUUUAUUUGUAUUAUGGAGAAUACAAACAUGUUUGAUCACCUUUAUUUGUAUUAUGUGACAUUAUGAGGUAUCUAAAUAAAUUAAGUAGGUGAAACCAUGACAACAUUGAUUCGUAGAUAAUGUUCCUUGGCAACCAACUGGCAAGUAGAAUUUGAUAAAUCUCUUGCCUGAGAACAUUAACCUAAUGAUUUGAACAACUGUAAUGAUAACUAUGUGACAAAAUUUAAACUACUUAAGCUAGUAACCACCGUGAACUUUAAAGUCAAAGAAAUGAAAUACAGGCAGUGUCGGAUUUAGACUUGGUGAGACCUUAAGCUAUAUAAAGCUUGGAGGCCCCUUGUUAAAAAGUUACACCAGACAGAGGGUCUCACAAAGGUGCAUACCAAAACAGGACCUUGGGUCGCCACAAAAAAUUAAAAACAUAUAUAUCCCUUUUAAUUAUUUAAUGGCAAGGUAUUUAAGGUGAAAAAUACGAAUUAUUUUCAAAUGAAUGCAUUUGCUGAUUACAUAUUUAUCAAUCUGAAAUUUUGUGAGGCCCUUGAGGAUUGUGAGGGCCCUAAGGUGUAGCUUGUUUAGCUUAUGCCUAAAUCUGGCACUGUCACUCCACAAUUAACUGAAGUAAUUUAUAUAAUUAAGUUUGUGUUAUUUUAUGUGGACAAGCCUUUCAACAAAUACUAAUAUUCAUUCUUUACAAAUGUACAAUUAUUAAAGUUAUGAUAAGCAGUGAGUUAACCUUGGUUUCAAGUUGUUAGGACUUAAUGUACAAGUAUUAAAGUUAUGAUAGGCAGUGAGUUAACCUUGGUUUCAAGUUCUUAGGACUUAAUGUACAAGUAUUAAAGUUAUGUUAGGCAGUGAGUUAACCUUGGUUUCAAGUUCUUAGGACUUAAUGUACAAGUAUUAAAGUUAUGUUAGGCAGUGAGUUAACCUUGGUUUCAAGUUGUUAGGACUUCAACUAUUCUUGUAUUCAGCAAAUAUUGACAUUUGAGCCUUGAAACCAAAUGUUUCUAUUAUUGCAUUAAUUGGACAUAAUUGUACAGUAUAUUGGUACUUAUAAUUGAUCUUAUUACAAUUAAGAUUAAUAUGUAAUUUCAAAUAGCAUUAGUUUUUUGAAUGUAAUAAUUGUUAAAUUUACUAAUUGCCUCUAUGUAAGGACCGAUCCAGUGUUUUAAAAUCCACUUUUUAUGAGAGGACGAGUGCAAGAAUUAAUGGCAUAUUUUGAGAACGUGAAUGAGAUUAAAUGUUUAAACUCCAUUUCUGCUAGUCAAAUAUUUUUAAAUAUUUUGUUAUAAGCAGUGUCCAUCACACCUGUACUUUAAUGAAUGCAUAUAAUAAAGAAUUUCACAUUCAU